AUGAAAGGCAAACCUCGCGAGGUCAGAGGUAAGCGUGAAAGGAGUGGUGGAGCCCACAGCUCUUGCCGAUUACGUGUACAAGAAAACCGGAAAGCUCGCGGCGAUCGUAAAGGUCGAAGCGGGGAAGAAAGAGGAGGAGAAAGCGAGGAAGAGAAGAAAGCCGAGGAAGCAGAAUCUAAGAAAGCGGAGGGGGACGGUAAGGAAAACAGCUGCAAGGAGGCGGCAAAGAAAGAGGAAGAGGAGGAUCUGAAAAUGGAGGUGAGGAAGAACGAGAUGUACUAUUACUACCCGCAGCAAAACUACGAGCAGCAGAGAUUUGAUGUGCAAGAGAUGAAUGCGUUUAGCGACGAGAAUCCAAAUGCAUGUGCGGUGAUGUAA